AUGUUUACCAAUAAAAAAGCUUGGUUUUCAAAAAGUGUGAAUGAGGACAUUCGUCGCCUGUGGGUGUCAGAAGGUGGCGCCAUUGUGUGUUGGCGAGCAGCAGAGUAUCUAUUCAGCAACGACGCCUCCUGUUGUGAUACACGAAGGAUAUUUGAUAGUGUGGAUUAUGUAGAAGAUAGGGCCACGGUUUUCCACAGCGCGUACAUCUCCACAUGUGAAAAGACCCAGAGCUUGGAGUCGGUGUUAAUCGGCCACUACGUACUCCCCCCAGCCAGCGUUCAGAAAGAAGUAAGAUCAGCUGUCGGACGUUUCAUUUGGGAGCAAGGAGAAGCAUUCAAAUGGACAACUCAUCAAAGAGAAGCCUCCCCGUGUUGCAAUGUUCAGCAGUACCCUGUCAAUAACAUGCUCAGAGGAUAUGUUUGUAUAGAUGAACUGAGGAAGUAUUCGGGUGAACUACACGACUUCCUUCCCGGCCACUCAGGUUAUUCAGUGUCUAAAGUUCAUAUUUAA